GCGGGGCGGAGCGGCCGGCGCAGCCCCGCGCAGUCACAGGGCGAGCGGCGAGGAGGCGGCGGCGGCACGGACGGCGCUUUCCGCGGGCAGGGCGCCGCCACCGCCCAGCAGACGCUGCCGGACCCAGCGCUCCCACCUUUCGUCCCUGCUCUCCCCGGCGCGGGGGCUCCGCGGGGUGAUGCGUCCCCGCCGGGCGGCCGCUCCCGCCGUGUCCGCCGGAUCCUAGAGCCGUCCGCAGCGAGGCCCCGCGGGCCGCCCGCCGCCCGUCCGUGCUCGCCCGGCGGCGCCGGGCCAUGAGCUGCCCCGCGGGCGGCGGCGGUUCCCGCUGAGCGCCCGCACCCGGCAUGGGGGUGAACGCCGUGCACUGGUUCCGCAAGGGGCUGCGGCUCCACGACAACCCGGCGCUGCGGGAAUGCAUCCAGGGCGCCGACACGGUGCGCUGCGUCUACAUCCUGGACCCCUGGUUCGCCGGCUCCUCCAACGUGGGCAUCAACAGGUGGCGAUUUCUGCUUCAAUGUCUUGAAGAUCUUGAUGCCAAUCUACGGAAACUGAAUUCACGCUUGUUUGUUAUCCGUGGACAACCAGCAGAUGUUUUCCCCAGGCUUUUUAAGGAAUGGAACAUUGCAAAGCUUUCUAUUGAAUAUGAUUCUGAACCAUUUGGGAAGGAAAGAGAUGCAGCUAUCAAGAAGCUGGCCAGUGAAGCUGGAGUGGAGGUCAUUGUUCGGAUUUCUCAUACAUUGUAUGACCUAGACAAAAUCAUAGAAUUAAAUGGGGGACAGCCUCCUCUUACUUACAAGCGAUUUCAGACCCUAAUUAGUAGAAUGGAACCCCUGGAGAUGCCUGUGGAGACUAUAACCCCAGAAGUAAUGAAAAAAUGUACUACUCCAGUUUCUGAUGACCAUGAUGAGAAAUACGGUGUGCCAUCACUUGAAGAGCUGGGUUUUGACACAGAUGGUCUGCCUUCUGCAGUAUGGCCAGGGGGAGAAACUGAAGCUCUCACACGCUUAGAAAGACAUUUAGAACGAAAGGCGUGGGUAGCAAACUUUGAAAGACCACGGAUGAAUGCAAAUUCCCUUCUGGCAAGCCCUACGGGGCUUAGUCCUUACCUCCGCUUUGGCUGCUUGUCCUGCCGGCUCUUUUAUUUCAAGUUAACGGAUCUGUACAAAAAGGUAAAAAAGAACAGCUCCCCUCCCCUCUCCCUCUAUGGCCAGCUGUUAUGGCGUGAAUUUUUCUACACAGCGGCGACUAACAAUCCACGGUUUGAUAAAAUGGAGGGGAAUCCUAUUUGUGUUCAAAUUCCAUGGGAUAAGAAUCCUGAGGCUUUGGCCAAAUGGGCAGAAGGCAGGACAGGUUUUCCUUGGAUUGAUGCAAUUAUGACACAACUUCGUCAGGAAGGUUGGAUUCACCAUUUAGCCCGGCAUGCUGUAGCAUGCUUUUUGACUCGAGGUGACCUCUGGAUUAGCUGGGAAGAAGGAAUGAAGGUCUUUGAAGAGCUGUUACUUGAUGCGGAUUGGAGUGUGAAUGCUGGAAGCUGGAUGUGGCUAUCCUGUAGUUCCUUCUUUCAGCAAUUUUUCCACUGCUACUGCCCAGUGGGUUUUGGCAGAAGAACUGACCCAAAUGGGGAUUAUAUCAGACGGUAUUUGCCAGUACUCAGAGGUUUCCCUGCAAAGUACAUCUAUGAUCCUUGGAAUGCCCCAGAGAGCAUCCAGAAGGCUGCAAAAUGUAUUAUAGGAGUUAAUUAUCCCAAACCAAUGGUAAACCAUGCAGAGGCAAGCCGUCUGAAUAUUGAAAGGAUGAAACAGAUCUACCAGCAGCUUUCACGAUACAGAGGACUGGGUCUUCUUGCAACUGUGCCUUCUAAUCCAAAUGGAAAUGGAAAUGGUGGCCUAAUGGGCUAUUCACCAGGAGAAAGCAUUUCUGGUUGUGGUAGUACAGGAGGAGCUCAGCUGGGAACUGGUGAUGGUCAUACUGUUGUUCAGUCAUGUACACUGGGAGACUCUCAUUCAGGAGCAAGUGGAAUUCAGCAGCAAGCUUGAUUGGAAGAGAAGUUUACCACUCAAAGAACACAUGGGACAAAAUUCCUGCUACUCUGUAUUGGAGCUAAAGUGUUGUGAGAGUUCAUGUUCUAAAAUUACAUACUUUUUCAUAAAUUAUUUUCAAUUGUUCUCAGUUGUUGUAAACAAGUCCAAUUUUUGGAAUGCAUUAUUUCUAACUGGCAUUUCUAUGGUUUUUAACUUUUUAAUGACUCUUUCACAAAGGGCAAAUUGAGUUUUGUAUAUAAAGUAUUUGGUGAAGAAUUUGCUAACUUAUUGUAAAUAUAAAUAUUCAUGAUUAGUGAUAGACCCAUCAAUAUAUUUUUGAUAAUCUUUCAUGUAUAUGGUAGUAGGAAAAGCUAUAGUGCUGCUCUGAAAAACAGAUGAAAAUAGAAAGUUUGGAAGUUUUAAAAUUGUUAUUUUUAGAUUCCAUACUUGAGCUCUGUAUGAUCAACUUCAUAUUUUCAUAAUGUAAGUGCUUAGGACUGUGUUUAAUCAAAUACAGUAGUUGUAACCAUAAUUAAUCACAUCUGUAUAUAAAACACAUGCCAAUUUUAGUCGAGUUGUAAAAUUUUCAUGUAUAUGUCCAGUCCUUGUAUUUCUCAGUUGCCUUGUUCAGUAAUGACAUACCUUGUUAAUAAAAGAAAAUUGUAUAUAUAGAUAUA